AUGGCUGCUGCCGUUCAGCCAGGUGCGCCGAUGAACGGUGCCGUGGGCGCUCGAGUACCCAAUGUGUCUCAAGAUAAUGGACAGCCUCUCCCUCCGAUUCCUGCGGCGGAGGGUGCUGGAUCAGAUGUGGACCCUGCGUCCCGAGAAAGAGUGCAACAGGUUCUCUCUUCAGAUAUCGGACUGAGCACGUUAUUGAACCGAUUGAAACAAAGCAUCAGCUCCACCAAAGACUUUGCGGCGUUCCUGAAAGAAAGAUCAAUUUUGGAGGACAAACAUGCGCAGGGCCUGAAGAGACUGAGCCGGAACACGUCCGAGUCGAUAGGAAGACCUGAUAGCAGACAAGGGACGUUUGCUCAGAAUUUCAAGGAGAUGACCAGCAUUCAUGAGCGAAUGGCAGACCAUGCCUUACAAUAUGUCGCAACGCUAUAUGGCAUGUCGGAGGAACUGCACGAGCUGGCAUCCAAUUCCGAAAGAGCGCGGAAACACUGGAAGCAGACAGGCAUGAAUGCUGAAAAACGGGUGGCCGACGCAGAAGCUGCCAUGGAGAAGGCCAAACACCGAUACAACUCGCUGGCGGAGCAGUACGACCGCGCCAGGACCGGGGAACGGCAGUCUGGCAAGUUCGGUCUCAAGCGAUCCGCUGCUCAGCUGGAAGAAGAGUUGCGACACAAACUCGAAGCUGCCGACGCUGAUUAUUCUGCCAAAGUUGAAGCCGCCUCGAGCCAGCGAAAUGAGUUACUCAGCACUCUGAGACCGCAAACGACCAAUGCCCUCUCGGAACUCAUCAGGGAGACGGACGCCGGCCUGAGUCUGCAUGUGCAGAAAUUCGCUGACCUCAGUGAGAAGCUGCUUGUGGGAUUCGGACUAUGCAUUGCGCCCGUCAAAGGGCCAUCGCCAAUCCCGGGUCAAGGCACCAAGAGUCUGCGCGAGUUGGCUUCAGGAGUCAAUAAUGAAAAAGACUUGAUCGAUUUCGUCCUUGGAUUUAGCAACCAGGUUCCGAUGAGACCAAACGACAUCAGAUUCGAACAACAUCCCUCGCUCUCGCCAAAACAACAGCAGCCUGGAUUUACCGAUCAAUAUUCCAACGAAGAUCCCUAUGCCCCUGGUCACGGAAGGCAAGUUUCAGGAGUCACUCCUUACCCCGGCGAGGAGUAUUACGAUGAUGGCUCUCAGUCGCAAUACCAUCCACCAAGCCUGGUCCCUGGACAAACGGCUCCACAGCAACGGCCACAGAUGGGAGCACCCCCAGGUGCUCAAGGUGCUGUUCAAAGACCACCUGGUCCGCAACAGCCUCCCCAGAAUCCUGCCGCCGGCAAUCAGCCACCUGGAGCCGCGGCCCAGACUGUAACCGUCGUUGCAGGCCAAACUCCUGGUGUAGGACCCGGUCAUGUCCGGACCGUGUCCCAAGGGCAACCUCCUGGUCAGCAACAGGCUCCAGGAACUCAGCAGAACGGCCAACCCGGCCAAAUGGGCCCUCAAGGCCAAGGUAGCCCACCCCAGCAAGGGAUGGGCCGUGGACAGCCGCCACAAGGUCGAGGACAACCGCCGCAAAGCAUGGGGCGAGGACAACCGCCACAAGGCAUGGGCCGUGGGCAAGCACCACCGGGAGCAGUAGGACGGGGACAGCCACCCCAGGCCGGAGCCAAUCCAGGCCAAGCACCACCGGGCGCAAUAGGACGGGGACAACCACCCCAGGCUGGAGCCAACCCAGGUCAGGCACCACCAGGCGCAAUGGGCAGAGGACAGCCACCCCAAGGCGCACCUGGCCCUGGUCAACCAGCGCAAGGUCCAGUAGGAAGAGGCCAGGCGCCGCCAAACGGUGCUGGUCGAGGUCAGCCACCACAAGGUGCUAUGGGACGCGGGCAGCCUCCUCCAAAUGGGAUGGGUCGAGGAGCACCUCCGGGAGCUGUCGGUCGCGGUCAACCACCACAAGGUCGAGGCCAGCCUCCACAAAAUGGUCCUCAAGGAGCCGGUCGUGGAGCCCCUGGGCCAGGACCUCAGAACGGCGCACCUCGUCCAGCCCCUCCUGGUGGCGCGAACACACUUCCCUCCAGAGUUCAGCCGGCUCCGAGGUCAGGGCCACCCAUCCGACCAGUCUUCGGGGUAUCCUUGGACGAGCUCUUCCAACGAGAAGGAUCCGCUGUACCCAUGAUUGUCAUGCAAUGCACUCAAGCUGUCGAGUUAUUUGGAUUAGAAGUCGAAGGCAUCUACAGAACUUCUGGAUCCACGAAUUUCAUUAUGGAGUUACGACAGCAGUUCGAUCAUGAUGCCAACGCAGUCGAUCUUCGCAACCCGGCGGCUUUCCACGAUGAUAUUGCUGCCGUGACCACACUCCUCAAACAAUUCCUUCGCGAUCUGCCAGAUCCAUUACUCACGGCCGCACAGUACCGAGAGUUCAUCCAAGCCGCAAGAAUUGAAGACGAAAUCGUGCGCAGAGAUUCGGUCCAUGCGCUUGUCAAUGCUCUUCCUGACCCCAACUAUGCCACUCUCCGAGUACUGACAAUCCAUCUCCACAAAGUUGCACAGCACAGUGCUAGGAACAAGAUGACCAACAGUAACCUAGCCAUCGUGUUCGCUCCCACAUUGAUGGGGCAGCAGGGCGGCGUGAAUGGGAAUACGUCUGGCGGCCCCGAUAUAGCCGACGCAGGAUGGCAGGCGAAGGUCGUGGAGACCAUUCUCAACAACACCUUCCAGAUUUUUGACGACGACGAGCAGCCCGCGUAG